AUGGCCUCAACAAGCUCAAAGGCCGACCGUUUACAAAGACUGCGAGAUCUCCACCUGAAAAUCGUAAGAUUUUUGUUAUUUGAUUAUUUUGGGUUAUUUGAUAACACUUCCCGGGUUAGGGAAGUCCUGCAGUUUCUUCGCGCGUCUGACGCCAGAGAUCGGGCACAAUUGUACUGUCACCCCGUUGGAUAAGUAGUCGCAGCUGCUAAUAUUUAGUCGAUCAAAUCCAAAGCGGUGUUUUCACGGCUGGCCUCCAUUGAGACGAACUGAUGCUCAGUGCCACCACCAAGUCCUCAGACGAGUUAUCGUCUUCAAGUAUACUUGUUACCAGAUAUUCUCAUCCUUAAGGUUUAUGUGGCUGGUUGGUAAUGGGGAAAAGAAUUCAUUCCAACUUAUUUCCCGAUAGUCUGUCCCUUGUCUUUUGGUGGCUUCUAUGGACGCCACUAAUAAUUCAUGGUCAGUUAUGCGGUGGUCUGACCGUUAUAGUUCUUGUUUUGCACUAUCUACCCAUCAGUCCGUUCUCAGGACUGAAUGCCGCAUGCACGGUAUCGGUAUUAGGCUCCCCGGCAGACUAGGCCGAACGUGUUGGAAGUGUACGCAGACGUCCCAGGGUCUAGUAAGACACCUUUCCGGGCAGAGUAGGCUGCGAUGUAGCUGAGGCCUCCGUAUCGACUAUGCAUGUUGAGAGCACCUAGAAGGGGGUAGAGUCGCCUAGAGUUUUGGAUGUCGUUCGUGUGGUUUGUUGACCGUCGUCGUUAGAUGGGCGUAUGUGUACAGAAUAUCUGAAUUACUCACUCAGGUUGUCUCAUCAACCAAUCAGGUAACUAUUCGCAGGCCGACAAUAAAAUCUGAACCGCCAGAUCGCGGGUACUUACUUGCUAGCUUGAAGUUUGUUUGGUUGAAGCCACUGCGCCCGCAAAAUUUAUUGUGGCAACUGUUAAGCUCCACCGAUUGUCGGAGCUUUGUUUGGGAUGUUUAUUCAGCUUUCGAUAUAUGUCAUAAUACAUAUUUGGCGUCUCUUCCCUUUUCUAGAGUAUAUGGCGUUUGCUUUUUUAUUACGUCAAUAAUAAUUUUCCAACGGCAAUACACGAAGCUAAUCAUUUCCUCAUCCAGAAUAUUUGGUGCUAGUAAUCCGCCCUGAUGUUUUGCGUGAAAGUUCCAACUCUUUUUAAAUGCCUGUUCACUGACUUUCAGAACGAAGCACGAAAAGCCAACCAUGCCCAGGUAGUGGAAGAAGACAGACGCAAAAAGCUACCUUCAAACUGGGAGGCUCGCCAAGCCAGAUUAAAAUAUGAGGAGGAAGAGGAACAGUUCAAAGCGAAGUGCAAGGCGGAGGGUGUGGAUGCAGAGCGGGCGAAAGCACUGACCACGAGUGCAGAUUUAGUCGAUCGUCUUGAACAGCGGAAGCGUCGAAAAAAGCCCUUCGGCGAAGAACCUGCUGGCUUUUCCAGCUAUUCUGACGCUUCCCACCGAAAGUAUCUGAAGCAAGCGAAACAGUUAAAGCCCGAUUUAAAGGCAUACGAAAAGCAGAAGGAAACUCUGUAAGCAGCUUAUCCUACAUGUCUUGAGGUUUCACGUUCUUUGGUAUUUGCAUAAAUAACAUGUAAUUUUUUAUUUGGCCUAAUCCGAACGUACAUUCACACCGGCAACUAGAAUCCGUCAAACUUCAGCAUUGAUGGCACUUUAAUAUAUACGGCGUAUGCCUGUAGUUAAUCGGCGCGUUCGCUUGAAGGUUACCAGCCAUUUCAGGAGUAUACCUUUUGAGUCUCUUUAACAAUCACAAUGUUUCAUUCCCGCAAGCUUUGAAUCGUCCAGAUAGCCCUCUUGCCAAACAUGUGCCACUGAAGGCGACGGUUUGGUUUUUUGAAUGACGAAUAAUGCACCUGCACAUUCUGAAUCCCAUUUGAACGUAUUUUUUGAAAUAUUCAGUGUUCAAUAAACGGCAGAAACCUUUUACGGCACACUUCCCGGUACUCUACCAGCACUAUUUUACUUGCCUUAUUUCCUUUAACAAGUGCCUUAGCCCUCCUUUUUUCAGCUCCAUUUGCUCGACUUUCGAACCCCCGACAGGAGGAUGAAGGCUUUAGUACAACCAACAUUCUAGUCUCCUGAACUAUGAGGCCCCACUGGAAGCCAUGCGUUUAAUCACAUUUGGGUCAAGACUUCUCUCCCCCCCUCCCAACUGCAACAUAUGGAUUUCCCAGCUAAUCCAUCUAGAAUCCACCAGAUAACAACCAGGCUCAUUCAAUUAAUUUGGUAGUGUCUUCAGAGGGAACACAGAACACAGUUAACGAGACCAGUUUUUGUGUAUAUGACCGCACCUUAAAUUCCCCUCUUGUACGUUUAUCGACUAGAACCAGCUUGCCGCCCAUCGCGUAUGUUAUUUGUAGUGUUGUUUGUCUGUCGAAGCUACGCGAAUGCAUGUUGCCGUCGAAAUCCGGAUCGCACUUAAUCACGCCAACUACGAAAACUUAGUAUCCGGUUCUGGCAUACAUUCUUAUUUAGAGUUUACUUAUCUCAGUACCUCCCCCUCCCCCACUCCGAAUAAUCCGCGUCAUCCUUCAUUAAUCGUUCAGUGGUGACCUGGCCUAUCCAACAGCCAACACGAUUGGCCUGGCGGGCAACGAAAAGGACAGUCGGGAUGCCGUGGAACGUCUGGCGAAUUACGUGAAGGAGCAGUCAGAGAAACGUGCGCCCUACAGUCGACGGCGUGCCUUUGAUGCCGACGCCGACAUCGACUACAUCAACGAGCGCAACAAGCGGUAUAACGAACUCCUCGAAAGACACUAUGGGAAGUACACAGCAGAGAUCAAGCAGAAUCUGGAGCGUGGCACUGCCCUCUAA